GCAAGAGAGCGCGCGGGAAAACGGCUGGGGAUGGGCGGGAGUGACGUCAGCCCCUCCCCCUCCCUGCGUUUGGCCCUGGCCGGGGCCUGGUGGGCUCUGAGGGGGCGUGGCCUGUCAGGGCGUGGUCCCGGUGGGCGUGGCCUGGAUGGGCGUGGCUGGGGGCGGCUCCUGGCGCUGCUGGAGGCCGUGGGGGGCGGGGCCCCGGCGCUGCUGCGGCCCCGGCACCGGGCGGGGCUCACGCUGGGGCUCAAGGCUCAGGUGGUGACGUCAUUGCUGCGGGAGCUUGGCCCCUCCCCCGCCGUGCUGGACGCGCUGGAUUGGCUCUUCCCGGAGGGGGCGGGGCCUGAGGACGGCCACGCCCUCGGGACGCUGCAGGGCCGGCCCCUGGUGGGCGUGGCCGAGGAGCACUUCCGGGAGCAGGUGCUGGGAAUUCUGGGAAGUGGGCGGGGCCUGGAGGCCUUCCUGCAGGAGUACGGUGCGCGGUUCCGCCGUUCCCUCGGGAACCUUUUCCUGGAAUUUUUGUUCCGCCUGGAGAGCGCCCUGCCCCCCCCCGACCUGCCUCAGCUGGACCAGCUCUGUAGAAGCCACGCCCCUCCGGGCUGUAAGACACGCCCCCUCCCUCGCUUGCAGCGGUAUUUUGCCGAGGUUCGCCACGCCCACCCAGCACCUUUGCUGCACCCACUUCCGCCUAAGAAAACCACGCCCAUGAGAAAGCCCCGCCCACGUCGCCGUAGGCUCCGCCCCCUUCGCUUCUCCCCCUACCACGCUGACGGGCAAGGAGAUCGAGAUCGACAUCGAGCCCACGGACAAGGUGGAGCGGAUCAAAGAGCGGGUGGAGGAGAAGGAGGGGAUCCCCCCUCAGCAGCAGCGGCUGAUCUACAGCGGCAAGCAGAUGAACGAUGAGAAGACGGCGGCCGACUACAAAAUCCAGGGGGGCUCCGUCCUCCAUCUUGUGCUGGCCCUUCGAGGGGGCGUGGCCAGGCUCUGAGGGGGCGUGGCACAGUUUAGAUCACACCCCCUUUCCCUUUAAGCCAUGCCCACUUGCAUUUCCCCUAUCCCUGAGGUCAUUUCCUGUUCAUGGAUCCGUUAUUAUUUAAUAAAGGUUCGCUGAUGACGUCA